AUGGUUGAUGCGCGAAAAAUUUGUUUACAAUUUGAGCACGCAGCUGUUUUAUAUCUUUGUAAUACUUCCCAUGUAUUUGCAGCAUCAGAAAUAAUCAGCAAAAGGUUUUCGAAAGGAAGAUGGAAAUGCGUGUAUGCUGCUAACACCGUGCUGUGUGCCAAAGCUGGGCCGUUAAGAAUGAGGAGAGCGAAUUCUGUGAUUCAGCAAGAUAGAAUGCGGAAAAGGAACGACGUUUUGCUUGAAAAUGCUUUAUUCAGUCGGCGAAGAAAACUGGACUUCAAAGAUCAAAGUAGGACGGAUGGGAAUGUAGCUUUGAAUGCUACAUAUGAAGGAGAGGGCUUAAAGAAACUGCAAAACGUUCCUCGUUACUCAUUAAGAGGUCAUAUAAGUGACGAUGGUUCUCCAAUCACGAAGAAACAUGCUCUUAUUUCUGCACCAAAGCAAGACCUUGAUAUCCGAGUGUCUAAAUUGGGUGCUUCGCUGGUGUUGCUUGGGCGUAAGCGGAGGAAUUCUGCAUUACUGAAGAAGAGGAGGCGAAGGAAGCAUAUCCGUAUAAGUGCAGAAGAAUCAUUUGCAUGUUCGGAUUCAUUGGACGGGAAGUUGCACGUGAAAAAGAAAAAGCUUUACACAGUUAAUAAUGGUGAACAGUGUGCCGAAAUGUAUAAGACUGAUUUUCGUCAUCAAGAUGAUGGAAGUGAUUCCUCCUCAGACGAUGAUGAUUUCGUUCGAAUAAAGGAUCGGUGGAAGGAGGACUGGAAUCAAGGGGUUCAGGUGAUUAUUUAUUUGCAAAAUAUUAUUCAAAUGAAUUCUUUUAGGCCAGAUCGGUUGAUUGCUGUCCACAAUAGAAAAUAUGUUGAUGAUCAUUUUGUGAGAACCACAAUGCCGCCUCUCUGCCAGUACCAGUGUGAUCAGGCAGACCUCGCAUUCCUUAAACUGCUGAAUAAACGGCGGUUUACACUGCAUCUUCCACAUAUUGAAUUAAAACAGUUUGCAUUGAUUAUGGAGCAGUUUGAAGUUUCUUGUUACCAGGCAAUACAUCAUGAUCUUUUGGCUCCAAUAAUAAGAAGAAGAGAUGCUGAUCGAGAUGAAGAGACGUGUUGUGAGAUAUGUGGCCAAGCUGAUUAUGAAGAAGAUGACCCUAUUGUUUUUUGCGAAAGUUGUAUGGUGCCUGUUCAUCAGUCUUGUUACGGUGUUGAGGUUCUUCCUAAGGGGGAUUGGAUUUGCGAUGUUUGCAAUGAAUUUGACUUUGCUCCAGUUUGUGUUUUUUGUCCGUUUUCUGGCGGCCCUAUGAAAGUGACAGAGGAUGGGGACACAUGGUCACACAUAUCUUGCGCUUUGUGGAUCCCCGAGGUGCGUUUUGGGAAUCAUGUUAGACGCGAACCGAUUACAAAGGUUGAUGACGUCCCGAAUGGACGAUGGAAUUUGAGUUAUUUUAUUAGUAAAAUGUCGGUAUUAAGGUGUUCCGUAUGCGAUACAAGCGUAGGAGCCUGCAUCCAGUGUUCAGACAGUUCUUGCACCACAGCAUUUCAUGUUACUUGUGCUUUACGAGAAAAAUAUGUAAUGCAUGCAGUUUUGAAAAAAAUUAAGUAUUUUUGUGGCGACCUAACUUUUUUUUUCACUUCUUAUAGGAUCAAGAUAUAUGGGAUUUUAGUAGGAGUAUUUGUGGCAGAAAACAAGCGCACAGUAGAAAAGAUGGAAGAGGAUUUCUUUCUUUACGUUUCUCCAGAGGUAAUUGCCAGGCAUUUAAAUAUUAAUGAAGGCCUCGUUGAUGAGCUCUAUGAGUACUGGAAGUUGAAACGAGCUGAUAAUGGCAACCGCAUGGUUUUGACAGAUCGGAGUGAACUUGAGUUUAGAGUCACAUCUGAAUUAUCCAUGAUGGUAAAGAAGAAGUUGAGGGUUGACUGCGAAUUGCGUCAUGACCUUGAAAAGGUGCGUAAUUUAUGUCAUAUGGUGAUGUUGAGGGAGCGAAAAAAGACUCAGAUGUUUGUAUUUUUGAGGGAUGCUUACAACAUAAUUUUUGAUUGUAUCGCGAAAUCUCACGUCCCACUCAGUGGUAGAGUUCUUCAAGAAUAUCGUGAAAAGUUGGAAAUUCCUUACUUCAAUGAAAGUCUCAAAAGUUAUUUUUCCGACGGUGUCCACUCAUCUAAAAAGCUUGAGAAACUUUUGAGCCAAACGUUUGAGUCUGAGGGCCACGAAAAUACUGGUGAGAUACUGAGAGAAUUAAGGACUGGUGUGAAGGCGCGAACGUCGCUGCGGAGAAAAAGUGUCACUGGUAUGGAAGUUUGUGAUGUCACGCCAACUACUCAUAAAUCUCUAAACUUAAGGCGACGAUUAAAUCCGCUCAACCUAACUUUCUAA